AUGACAAUACCAUUCGCCUCUGAAUCGCUUUAUAUUAAUGGUGAUCCUCAACCACUUAGCGACCUGAACAUUUAUAUGACCUUUAAAACAGACGAUCCGUCUAAAUGUAGUGGAGGAGGAUCAUCUAAUCAGUGCGAAGUCAAAGUAAAAAGCUAUAGCUACAACGAAAGACACAAGUAUGAAAACGACGAAUGGAAGCAAAAUAUUUCAUUUCCGGUUUAUAGUCAGGACACUGAUGGUUACGUCAUCAACAGUCAGAUGACUCUACGAUUAAAUACUGGAGGCACUAAUGGUGUUGGAAGUAAAAUAUUCGAGCAUGUGUCUUUGCCCGACAUUUCGAUAAUAUCAUUUUCCCCCCACAGAUCAUACCAAUGUCAUAUACCUGGAGAAUUUAUAAAUUAUCGAAAUCAACACCAACUACAAUGGAUUCAGUCUAAACAUCACCUAUGUAUCCCAUCAUACGAUGGUCCUUGGUGUGUCUGCGCAGUCGCAGCAAGAGCCGGAAGAGAUGUCUUCGUCAUAGAUUUGUGUGGAGAAAAUAAAGUCAUCAGCUAUGAGCUGUGCGAGGACAAUGUUUUAAAAGUCACGAAAAUCUACGACAAAUACUAUAAGAUAUAUUUUCCCACUGGUACGUCACUGGCUAUUUAUAUUAUGGAUUGGAAUGGGCAUUAUAACAUCGACCUAGAAAUUCUCCCCUCUGCUAUGGAUGUAGGAAAUGCUGAUGGUUUGUGUGGAUAUUUUGAUGGAGUUAGGGAAAACGACUUCAGAAGACGAAACAGUACUAUUACAGAUAACAUCGGAUUGACAUCUCCUAAUGGUUUCUCCGAGUCAUGGAAGUAUGUAUCAAUAUUUGGGUUUAAAACAAUUUAUUAA